AUGGCUUUCCUGGGCGAAAUCACGGACAUGCAUCUUCAAGAGGUCCUUUUCUCUCAACAUCCUCUCAUUCUCCACGGCUUAAAGAGGAUCAUGGGAAAGGAAUUUCUUAUGGCUUACCACAGGUACAGAGCCAAUGCUAAUAUUCCAACCUUUUUUCCUGCAAUAUUAAUCUACAUGGGGACUAGUAAGCAACAAGCAAAACUGCUAACCCAGAUGAUGUUCAAGCAUCGCCUGUUGGGAGAAAUAGAUAUUGUACUGGACAAUAUUGAUGCCAAUCUCAGAAUUCCACUUCCCCAAAACUACUACAUGUCACUUAGCAACGAAGCGGAGGUAAAGAAGCUCAUGAUUGUUAAUUCUCUGGAUUUUGCAUCCUUCCAAGCAACUUGGCUCGUCAUCUCCACGAACAUUGAGUUCCUUCUUAAAGCGGCUGGUAUACAAAGUGGUUUCACGUCGAAUUGGAGGGCAAUUUUUCUCUAUGGUGAAGAUUUAGCGAUGACUGAUGACCUCAGGAUCCUGAGAAUGGUUAUGUUUGCUAAGUAUCUGAAUAAUGGUCGCAGAGAGAGUAUUUUUAAAUUUUCUAAUUUGCCUUUUGGUUCUGUCAUAUGGAUUUUUUUAUGUAAAUGCAGAGCAAUUAUUAUUCCCCGUCUCUUAUGGGUUGUGCAUAAUGGAAGGAAAGCUAGGUUCUGGGAUGAAACAUGGAAUGGACAUUAUUCCCUGAUUAGCAUUAUAGAUUGGUCUCCCUUGAUUGCAAUCCUUACUUCUCUUUGGGGUGUGUAUGUGGCGGACUAUUUUGAUAUUGUUCAUAAUGAUCCUCUAAGAUUGGCUAAAUGGAAGUCGAUUGAUUUCCUUGAUGUGGAUUUGCAUUUGAAAGUAGAGUUUGAUAAGGUUCUAGGUGAGAGGUUUGUCACUCUCUCAGAUUCUGAGGAUGAACUUAUUUGGUUUGGGAAUGACUCUGGAAAGUAUUCUGUUAAGGAUGGUUAUAACUCCCUUAUACCUGCUAAAACUUGUUCAUAUUGGCCUUAUAAGUUGUUUUGGCACUUGGCUUGUUUACCUAAAGCUGAAGCUUUUGCUUGGUUGUCUGUCCAGGAUAGAUUUCUAACAGGAAUGAGUUUGGAUAGAUUAGGUAUUAUUGUUGUUUUUUCAUGUGUUAUUUGUAAUAAGAACCUAGAGUCCUCUUCACACCUGUUUCUUCAUUGUGAUUUUGCUCAUGACAAUGGUUGCUGA